AUGGGAUCCUCCUCCGAGGUUGAACUUCAAGCCCAGCACGGCAGAGGCAGAGGCAGAGGCAGAGGCAGAGGCAGAGGCAGAGGCAGAGGCAGAGGCAGUCCAUCGCCUGAUCCCCAGCCCGAGCCGGCCACCGAACUCAUCAGCAGCGACGACGGUCGUCCACCACCACCACAACAACAACAAGACGUCGUUUCGGUCGAAGAGCCUCCGCCCAACGGUGGCUACGCCUGGGUAUGCACGGCAUGCUGCUUCAUGAUCAACGCUCACACCUGGGGAUUGAACAGUGCAUGGGGCAUCUUCCUGGCGCAUUACUUGUCUGACUCUACGUUCGAAAACGCCUCGCGUCUCGAGUAUGCGCUCAUAGGAGGUCUCUCGAUCUCCACGUCAGGCAUCAUCGCGCCCGUCGUGGCGUUAUCCGUCAAGUCGCUAGGCACCCGGAACACGCUGCUCGUCGGCACUCUGCUCGUCUUCGCGGCCAUGUUCGGCGCCUCGUACGCGACCGAGAUCUGGCACCUGUUCCUCAGCCAGGGCGUCUGCUUCGGGUUUGCGCUGGGCUUCCUCUACAUCCCUUCCACCGCCGUGCUGCCCCAGUGGUUCUCGACGCGGCGGAGUCUGGCCGUCGGGAUCGCGGCCUCGGGAUCGGGCCUCGGGGGCCUGGUGUACAACCUGGUCGCCGGCCGUCUCGUCCAGGAAGUCGGCGUGGACUGGACCUACCGCGUCCUGGCGCUGUGCGGACUGGUCGUCAACGCCGUGUGCUCGGUGCUGCUCAAAGACCGGAACAAGGCCAUCCGGCCGGUGCAGGACGCUUUCGAUUACCGCGAGUACAAGCACGUCGAAGUCAUCUUGGUCAUCCUGUGGGGGGUCGGCAACGAACUGGCGUACAUUGUCCUGCUCUACUCGCUCCCGAACUACGCCGUCUCCAUCGGUCUGUCACCGGGCCAGGGCUCCGUCGUAGGGGCGCUGCUCAACCUCGGGCUCGGCGUCGGACGCCCCAUCAUCGGCUACUACAGCGACUCGUUCGGCCGCCUCAACAUGGCCGCUCUCAUGACGGCCCUGUCUGGCGUCUUGUGUCUGGCGCUGUGGGUGCCGGCGAAGACGUACGGGCUUCUCCUUUUCUUCGCUCUGGCUUCUGGUUGUGUCUGUGGUAUCUUUUGGAGCACGGUGGCGCCCGUGACCACCGAGGUCGUCGGGCUCAAGCGCCUGCCCUCUGCGUUUGGCAUGAUCUGUCUGGCUCUGGUGCUGCCCUCGACGUUUGCAGAGCCAAUCGCCUUGGAAAUGGUUGCCGCCUCCGGCUACCUCAGCUCGCAGAUAUUCGUGGGCUGUAUGUUCCUCUUGGCUGCGGCAAGCACGUUGGUGCUCAGGUCCUGGAAGAUUCAUCAGGUCGAGCUCAAGCGCGCACUGGAGAGAGAGUCUGAAGAGACCGGUUCGAACCAAGGUGCCACGACUCACGGGCAGUUCUGGCUGACGCCGAAGAGCCUGCUUUGGCUGGGAAGAGUUUGA